AUGCCCAUAGAGUUCGUCUGCAAGAUCAAGUUCAGCGAGGGGGACGUCAUGGCCCAGAGGGUGCCCGUGCCCAUCAGCGUGCCAGGCGGAGGCGUGCCCGUGCCCGCCGAGGAGACCUGCGCCCGCUCGGCCGGCGUGGCCAGCCUUCCCGCGUUCGCCGGCGCGUCCUCGCUGCACGGCAUCGAGCACGUGUUCGUGUCGGGCCGGCUGGGCGUGCGGCAGGCGGUGUGGGCGCUGGCCUUCGUGGCGUCGCUGGCCCUCUUCCUGUACCAGGCGGCCAAGAGCGCCGUGGCGUACCUGGAGCACCCGCACGUGGCGGCCAUGGGCGAGGAGGCGGGCGGCCGCGACAUGCUCUUCCCCGCCGUCACGCUCUGCAACGUCAACCGCUUCCGCUUCUCGGCGCUCACCGACGCCGACAUCUACCACCUGGCCAACCUCACGGGCCUGCCGCCCAAGAACCGCGCCGGCCACCGGCCCGCAGACCUGGAGUACCCGGCGCCGGACAUGCUGGACAUCUUCAACCGCACCGGCCACCAGCUGGAGCACAUGCUCAAGAGCUGCAACUUCAGCGGACACAACUGCACGGCCAAGGACUUCAGCGUGGUGUACACACGCUAUGGGAAAUGCUACACCUUCAACGGCAACAGAACUGCACCAAAAAGAGCGAGGCAGGGUGGUAUGGGCAACGGACUCGAGAUGAUGCUAGACAUCGAGCAGGAUGAAUACCUGCCUAUCUGGAGGGAGACAAAUGAGACCUCUUUAGAGGCAGGAAUCAGGGUGCAGAUCCACAGUCAGGAUGAGCCUCCUUACAUCCACCAGCUGGGCUUUGGAGUCUCCCCAGGCUUCCAGACGUUUGUGUCCUGCCAGGAACAGAGGCUGACCUACCUGCCCCAGCCGUGGGGUAACUGCCGGGCGACCUCUGAGCAGGUGAUGCCGGGCUACGACACCUACAGCAUCAGCGCCUGCCGCCUCAGCUGUGAGAGCGCCCAGGUGAUGGCCGAGUGCAACUGCAGGAUGGUGCAUAUGCCAGGGGAAGCAGCCAUCUGCCCUCCCAGCAAAGUGAAGUGUGUGGACAAAGCUCUGGCCUCCCUACAGAAGAGUGAGGGAGACAUAUGUCCCUGUGAGACGCCCUGCAAUGUCACGCGUUAUGGGAAGGAGCUCUCCAUGGUCAAGAUCCCCAGUCGGGGGUCUGCACGAUACUUGUCCCGCAAAUACGACAAGACUGAGGAGUAUAUCAAAGAUAACUUCCUGGUGUUGGACAUCUUCUUCGAGGCUCUGAAUUAUGAAAAGAUCGAGCAGAAGAAAGCCUACGAUGUGGCCGGAUUGUUAGGUGACAUCGGUGGACAGAUGGGCCUCUUCAUCGGAGCGAGCAUUCUCACUAUACUAGAGAUUAUUGAAUACAUCUAUGAGGUGAUCAAGUACAAGCUAAAGAGGCUGUUCAGACCACGCAAGUCCCCACGCAACCAGAACCAGAACCAGCUGCAGAUCCCCUGCAUGCAGAACCACACGGAGCAGAACCUGCACACCCAGCUCUCAGAUGGCACCAUAGCAACGGUCAGGCUAGAGGACGUCAAGGCCAAGGAAGCAAGUGAAAUUACUCUAGCUCACCAGCAGGGGGUGUAUCCGAACUCAGCUCUCCCCAACCACCACCACCACCUCCUCCACCACCACCAGCAGACUCAGCAGGACUACACCUAUUAGCAUCACGCCCACCAUCCACCCGUCUGGUUUUGCCACUCUGCGUGUGUGUGUGUGUGUGUGUGUGUGUGUGUGUGUGUGUGCGUGUGUGUUUGUGUGUGUGUCUUUUGCCUUCUCUCCUGGUGGACUUCACUGCCUUCAUGGGCCUAUCUAGACACCUGGUGUUUUACAGUCUCUUGGUGAGCGGAAGCAGAGCUAAAGCAGAACCCCCCCCAACACCUCUGCCCUCUGCUCUUGCAAAUGGAUUGGGCCUAACCAGGCCAAACUGGGCCAAACCGGCCUGAACUGGAUCCUUCAGAGGAGAGAUGGCAGAGAGUUACUACACAAGUGACUACUUCAGAAGAGCCUAUUCACGUGGACUCUGUGUUAUAUACUUAUACACUGUACUUACAUGUUUGAUGUCCUUUUGAGUUUGACGUCACACACAUACACUGUAAAACAAAUUCACACUUAUCAAUCUUUGUCUUUCAUGGACACUUGGCCUGCGUAAUCUAAACAACAGCAGCAGCAACAACAACAACAACAAAACCAACAAAAACAGCAACAGCAUCAGCAACGAUAUGCUGCCUCCCUUUGAACUGACAAAUUCUUCAAUUCCAACUGACUGAAUCGAGCAUCUAUUUCAAGUCACCCUACAAAAUUGUGUUAUUUUGAUGUAAAUAGAAAUGUUAGCUCACCUUUUACUAUAAAAUAUGGAGGGAUUGUGAAACUGCUUUUUCAGUAAAUAUUGUGCUCACUAGUUAUCAUGUGUGUGGUAAACCAGAGCCACGUUAAAUCAGGCCGUUACAGCACUUUUAGCACCAAAUAACAGUGGGAGGCAGAUAUGCCCAGUCCAAUUAGAGGGUCUAUUGUGAAGCCAUGCUUUCACCUUGUCAUUGUCAACAUAUAUAAAAUCAUUCUCUUUUAAUAUAUACCCGUUAU